AUGCCCAUUCUCGACAUCACCAAGGACCUCGCCGCGCUCUUCGAGCAGCAGGCAAAAGCCACCCCAGAUGCCAUUGCUCUCGAGGACGAGUCGCGAACUCUUACCUACGCUGAGUUGGACCAGGAAACACAGGCCCUCGCCGACCGUUUGCGUCGUCACUAUGGAGUUGGUAGAGAUGGCCUUGUGGGCGUCCUCAUGAACCGCAGUGCAGACUAUGUUAUUGCUUCUCUGGCUGCACUUCGCGCCGGUGGUGCUUUCCUGGUUCUUGAGCUCGCAUACCCCUCUGGGCUUCUGCGCGAUGUCAUUCAGGACGCAAAACCACAAGUGGUCAUCACCCAAAACGCCCACGUCAGCCACAUCAAGGCGGACGUGCCCAUCAUCGUCUAUGAUGAGCCCAGCAAGACGACAAUCAACGGCCAUGCAAACGGCGAGCUUCCCCCGUUGCCCGCUAGCAACGACCUCGAACGCCUUGCGUUCGUGUCAUACUCUUCAGGCACGACUGGCCAGCCAAAAGGCAUUGCCAACCCUCAUAGAGCCGCAGUGCUCUCAUACGACCUCAGAUUUGGCCUGAGCGACUUGCAACCGGGCGAUCGUGUAGCCUGCAACGUGUUCUUCGUCUGGGAGAUGCUUCGUCCCCUUUUGCGCGGAGCGACCGUCUUCGCUAUUCCGGACAGUGCUAGUUACGAUCCCUCAGCUCUUGUCAGCCUGCUUGACUCUCGACAGAUCACAGACACACUCAUGACGCCUACGUUACUGGCAACUGUUCUAUCUCGUCACCCUGAUCUGAGCAAGCGCUUGCCCAAGUUGCGCUCUCUAUGGCUGAACGGCGAGGUUGUAACUACCGAUCUCUGCCGCAGAGCUAUGAAGGCUUUGCCCGAAACCAAGCUCCUGAACGUCUACAGCGCCAGCGAGACGCAUGAGGUCGCUGCCGGUGACAUUCGCACGUUCGUUGACUUCGAGACCCACGUUUGCCCCGUUGGCCCACCUAUGGACCCAGAGCACAUCUACAUCAUGGACGAGAGCGGCAACAGAGUUGGCACUAACGUCAGUGGAGAGCUCUACGUUGGUGGUGACCUCCUGGCCAGAGGCUACCUGAACCUGCCAGAGACCACCACGAAGGCUUUCCAACCAGACCCCUUCGACAAGAAGGCUGGAGCUCGCAUGUACCGUACAGGUGACCUUGCUCGCAUACUUCCCUCUGGGCUUCUGGAAAUCACUGGCCGAGCUGGUGGCAUGAUCAAGACUCGUGGCUACACCGUCCAACCUGGUGCAGUGGAGAAUGCCAUUGUCAAACACUUGGCUGUGCGUGACUGCGCGGUUUCAUCUCACGGAGAGGGCCUCGAGAGACAACUCGUUGCCUAUGUUGUACGCGAUAACGAUGAUAAGAGAGACCGGGCCGAUGUCGUAAUCGAUGAGUCUGGAUACAGUCCUGCAUCCAGGCGUGUUCUUGGAAAUCAUCUCGCCCUCUACAUGAUCCCGACAUACUGGGUCGAGCUUGAACAGCUCCCCACCCACGGCGUCUCUGGCAAGACGGAUUUGAAAGCGCUGCCGCCGCCACCAAGCCCCAAGCUUGCCAUCAACGGCGAGAAAGAACAGAACACAAAGAUAAAGCUGGAGACGGUUAAGAAGCUUUGGGCUGCUGCCCUUAACAUGCCUGAUAGUGCCAUUACCGAGGAGCACGACUUCUUCGACAUCGGAGGCCACUCCCUCGUCCUUGCCGAUCUGGCGAAUCGAUUCACCAAGGAGUUCGGAUUCCCGGUUCCGCUUGCCCCUCUCGCCGGCACACCCACUUUGCAAGGCCACCUGCAAGCGAUUCGCGAUGCUCGCGAUGGUCACACUGCGGCCGUGCAAGCCGAUCUUCCUGCCGUUCUCCGCGCGGACUCUAUUUUGCCUGACGACAUCCAGGCAAACGGCACUUCGAUGCGUCGUCUGAACGAUGCCAACACGGUGCUCCUGACCGGUGCAACUGGAUACCUUGGAGCCUUCCUUCUCAAGUCUCUUGUUGAAACCACCUCAGCGCACAUCAUCUGCCUUGUUCGUUUCACCGAUCCUACGGAAGAUAUGCGCCCUGCGGGUAUGGCCAGAGUCCGCAAGAACCUCAUCGAUCUCGGCAUUUGGGACGAUUCCCUGCUUGACAGGAUGGAGAUUCUGCCUGGGAACCUGUCUCGGGAGCACCUCGGCCUCUCCCCUGAAAUCUACGAUGAUAUUACUUCUCGUGUCGAGGUCAUUAUUCACGCCGCUGCGACCGUCAACCUAGUGUACCCCUAUGCUGCGCUGAGAAGCCCCAACGUCGGAGGCACCAGAGAAGUUUUGCGCCUGGCAUCCAUGAGCGGCGCCACUCUCCACUACAUUUCCACCAACGGUGUUCUGACGCCAUCUGUGGCAGGCUGGUCCGAAGACGCCAUGGUCGACAUCGACGACGUUCCUGAGAAACUGCUUGACGGUUAUGGGCAGACCAAGUGGGUGGCUGAGAAGCUAGUCUAUGAGGCCGCUCGUCGUGGCAUGCCGUGUAAAGUCUACCGACCGGGCACGAUCAGUGGUCACAGCAAGACGGGCUCGUGCAACGCCUGGGAUCUUCUGAACGCCCUGAUUGUGGAGUCGUUGCAUCUCAAGACUGCGCCUCACGUCGAUGGCUGGUUUGCUGAGAUGACGCCCGCCGACUUUGUCAGUGCGGCGAUUACAACGCUUGCCAACCAUACCGACUCUAAGCAGCUUGUCUACCACCUCGGCGAUCCCAACCCAGUUUCCGCCAACUUCAUUUUCGACACCUUGAGUGAGCUUGGAUUCCCGACCACCCGCGUGCCGUGGGAUGACUGGGUCGAGCUUUGGACCAAGAAGAGGGGCUUCGGCACUGCAGGCGAUGUGCCUUUCACUGUAGAUAUCCUUCGUGGUGGUAUGCCCACCGCUGAGGGUCUGCAGGCAGUCACUGUUCUCAAGGACGAUGCCACGGCGCCUGCUCUGGCGCUAUACAACCUUCAACGUCCCAAGAUUGACAUUAAUCUGCUCGAGAUUUACACUCGUCACUUCUGCGCCAGAGGUUGGCUUUCAAGACCUCCACGCCGAACAUAUGCCAACGGUGCCACGUCCCACGUCAACAAGGGCCGCCUGGCCGGUAAAGUUGCCGUUAUCACCGGCGCUUCUUCUGGCAUUGGAGCGGCUGUUGCAGCUGGCCUUGCCAAGGAGGGUGCUCACAUCGCUCUCGCUGCGAGACGCACCGAAGCCCUAGAUGCCGUGAAGGCCAAGCUCGCCGGCACCGGCGGCAAGGUCCUCAUCCACAGGACUGACGUCACCAAGAGUGAGGAUGUAGCGUCGCUCAUGCAAGCAGCAACCGAUAAACUCGGCCCCGUCGACAUCCUCGUGAGCUGCGCUGGCGUCAUGUACUUCACCAUGAUGGCAAACAACCACACCGAGGAGUGGGAGCGCACCGUUGAUGUUAACUGCAAGGGUCUCCUGCACUGCCUCUCGAACACAGUCCCUGGCAUGCUGAGCCGCGGAAAGGGUCACAUUGUGGCCAUCUCUUCCGACGCCGGGCGCAAGGUCUUCCCCGGCCUGGGUGUCUACUCGGCCAGCAAGUUCUUUGUGGAGGCUACACUGCAGAGCUUGCGUCUCGAGACAGCCGGAACGGGUCUGCGUGUCACUUCGAUCCAACCCGGCAACACAGCUACGGAGCUGCUAGGCAUGUCUACCGAUGCCGAGGCCAUCAAGAAGUACGGCGAGCCCACGGGUGCCAAGGUUCUGGACCCCGAGGACGUUGCUUCGUCGAUCGUGUACGCAGUGUGCCAACCUGAGCACGUUGCCGUCAACGAGGUUCUCAUUGAGCCGAGAGAUGAGCCUAUCUAA